AUUUUCCCAACCUCUUUCCUUAACCUUUUCAAACUUCAAGGAACCGCUCUCUUCUUUCUUUCCAUAAAUUUAAUUAAAACUUCUUCAAUAAAAAAAAUUAAAAAAAUUAAUUUCGUGUGGGCCACGGCCCAGUGGCCCACCCCCUUGUAUUAGCCCUCCGCUAUAAAUAAACCUUCCAUCUUUGAGGCUCAGCGGUUUGAAGCAACCACUUGACUUCAAAACCUCACAUAUUCUCUCUCUUCUCUCUUACCUCUUCUUCUCUAUCAAUGGCGGUCCAACUGAAAAUUAAUUCUACCUCAAAUUCAAUCAAAUUUCUAUGUAGUUAUGGCGGCAAAAUUCUCCCUCGUCCUUCCGAUGGUAGACUUCGUUACGUCGGCGGCCUAACUCGCGUUGUCUCUGUUCAUCGCGACAUCUCCUUCUCUGAAAUAAUGGCGAAACUCGAGAAUCUAUGUGGUUAUUCAGUGAAUCUACGAUGUCAGCUACCUAGCGAAGAUCUCGACGUUCUCGUCUCGAUCAAAUCCGACGACGAUCUCACCAAUGUAAUCGAAGAAUACAACAAAGCGUCGUCAAUUUCUGGUAACGAAUUGAAGAUCAGAGCAAUUCUCUCUCCUCCGAAAUCGUCGUUAUCAUCAUCUUCUUCGUCAUCGCUGUUAGUAUCUCCAGCUUCAUCGCCUUCAUCUUCGUGUUCUGGCGCUGAUCUCUCUCCUACAAACAGCGAUCGCCGGAGAUUCGUCAACCCUAAGCCGCCGAUUCCGGUAACUGUUCGUUCAUCACCGCCGGCGAGAAGAAGUCAAUACGGCGUCGUUCGAGAUUGUUACUACUACUAUCCUUGCCAUUUCCUAGCCAAUUUUCGGCCUCCUUCAUACUUCAUCCAACAUUCAAAUCGCUUGCAUUAAUUUUUUUUCUAAAAAUAAAAAAAAAAAAAAUAUUUUCGUCCAAUUAAACAAAUAUAUAGAAAUACGUAAUAUAAUUUUCGUAUACAUAGUAAAAUUUGGCAAAAUUGAACCAAAAAAAAAAAAAAAAAAAAAAUCAGAAAUCGGUCUUUUAGAGUUUUUGAAUGGGGUCAAUGUCAAUGUAAUUACGAGUAGUUGUGUAAAAAUACUGGUUCUGUGUGUACUACUGAGAAUCCGGAGUUGUUGAAAUCUGAAUGUUCAAAAUUCCCAUAAUUUUCCGGUGAUUCUCAGAUUCUAAUGCCUAUUUUUUUGGCCUUGGAUUUUUGGACCUUCGAUUUAGCCGUUUUUUUUUUAAUGGGUGAGCGCAUUUAAUGCUAAUUUAACCAAUUACAUUAACACGUAUAACCUGGAUUUUUUUUGGAAGGUAUUGUCCCUUUUUUUUAUUGGUCACUUGUUUGUAUAUUACGUGUGUGUGAUUUUUUUUUUUAACUCUAAUUUGCGAAAUUUCUAUUUAUAUAUUUUUUGUAAUUUCCAGUGGUUCAAUCAUUUAUUUUUCUGUGUUUA